AUGAGAGCUCCUAAUCCAAUUCACCACCCCUCUAAGUCGGGGGCAGCGGAGGACGACCCAGACCCGACCCGGCCCACAAUGCCAGGGAUGGGCAUGUCGGUGGCCGCCGGGAUGCGGAAGAAGGGCCUUGGUGUGCGCCCAUGGCUGGUUCUGGACGCCAGCGGCCAAACCCAGGUGGUAGAGGCGGGCAAACAUGCCAUCAUGCGCCGAACGGGUCUACCCGCCCGUGACCUUCGGAUCCUGGAUCCGCUUCUUUCGUACCCGUCUACAGUACUGGGUCGAGAGAGAGCGAUCGUGAUCAACUUGGAGCACAUCAAGGCCAUCAUCACCGCUCAGGAGGUCCUCUUGCUCAAUUCCAGAGACCCAUCUGUGACGCCAUUUAUUGAUGAGCUUCAGCGGAGGCUUUUGCGCCAUCACCAAGCCACCACCAAACCCGCCAAAACCCAGGAUAAGGAGGGCAAUGGUGAAGAAUCAAAUUGGUAUGACAUGGAAGAGGCAGAGGCUGAUGCACAAUUGAGACGUGUUGUUGGUGGUAAUGAUGAAGAUGAGGCAACAGGGAAGCAAGGUCUGGAGGAGAAUCGUGAUGCGUUGAAGGUCCUGCCUUUUGAGUUUGUUGCAUUGGAGGCAUGCCUUGAGGCUGCAUGCAGUUGCUUAGAGAAUGAAGCAAGGACAUUGGAGCAAGAAGCUCAUCCAGCUUUAGAUAAGCUCACUUCAAAGAUCAGUACUCUCAAUUUGGAACGUGUCCGCCAGAUCAAGAGUCGCUUGGUUGCAAUUACCGGUCGCGUUCAGAAGGUGAGGGAUGAACUAGAACACUUGCUUGAUGAUGAUGAAGAUAUGGCCGAGAUGUAUCUAACUGAAAAGUUGGUUCAACAACAUUUUGAAAAUUCGACCACUUCAUCUUUGAGUGAGAGCGAGGACAUGGAUCAUGAAGCUCCACGAAGAGACAUGGAUGACAGGAUUCCUACUGAAAUCUCAUUGGAAGCUUCCGGGGGUUCCUCCAAUUUUGAAGGUGAUCUUCAAAACCCUGACAAUCCCCAGCAUCAAUUCCUUAGCAGGGACAGCCAUGGGACCACUUCUAGCUCCACUCAUAGUGCUAUGGGAAAGGACCUUGACGUAGAGGAGCUUGAAAUGCUUUUGGAGGCAUACUUUGUGCAAAUUGAUGGUACACUAAACAAGCUAUCCACGCUGAGGGAGUAUGUCGACGACACAGAGGAUUACAUCAAUAUAAUGUUGGAUGACAAACAGAAUCAUCUCCUGCAAAUGGGGGUCAUGUUGACCACAGCAACCCUGGUAGUGAGUGCCUUUGUUGUUAUAGCUGGUAUCUUCGGCAUGAAUAUCAAAAUUGAGCUGUUUGAUUCAGAUAAAGCAGGGAUGCGAGAGUUCAUGUGGACUGUUGGUGGCAGUACUGGUGGGACCAUAUUCUUAUAUGUGAUUGCUAUUGGAUGGUGCAAGCAUAAACGCUUACUGGAGUAG